AUGGCAGACUACAACUACGGUGGUUCGGAGGAGGAGAACACAGAGAUCAAGAAGCUUGAAGCUGAGCUGCUCGACGAUCCGGAUAGCUUCGAGACUUGGGAGCGGCUCGUCCGAGCUGCAGAGGCCCUCGAGGGAGGUGUCAACCGGAACUCCAACCCGCAAGCGAUCACCACAGUGCGCAACGUUUACGACCGGUUCCUCGCAAAGUUCCCGCUGCUGUUUGGAUACUGGAAGAAAUAUGCCGAUCUGGAGUUCUCCAUCACAGGAACCGAGGCCGCGGAUAUGGUCUACGAACGAGGUAUCGCAAGCAUUUCCUCCUCCGUCGACCUAUGGACCAACUACUGCACCUUCAAAGCGGAGACAUCUCACGACACAGAUAUCAUUCGAGAACUGUUCGAACGAGGAGCGAACUGUGUCGGAUUAGACUUCCUCUCGCACCCGUUCUGGGACAAGUACAUUGAGUACGAGGAACGUGUCGAGGGGUUUGAUAAGAUCUUCGCAAUCCUGGCCCGUGUCAUUGAGAUUCCGAUGCACCAGUAUGCCCGCUACUUCGAGCGCUACAGGCAGCUUGCGCAAACACGUCCUGUGACGGAGUUGGCACCCGCCGAUGUCGUGUCCCAAUUCCGCGCCGAUCUGAACGCCGCUGCGGGACUUGUCGCUCCUGGCGCAAAGGCCGAUGCCGAGAUUGAGCGCGAUCUGCGUCUCCGCCUGGACGGAUAUCACCUCGAGAUAUUUUCCAAGACACAGACUGAGACGACGAAGCGCUGGACAUACGAGUCGGAGAUCAAGCGCCCGUACUUCCACGUCACUGAGCUGGAUGAAGGCCAAUUGGUCAACUGGCGAAAGUACCUCGACUUUGAAGAGGCCGAAGGUUCAUACUCUCGAACUCAGUUCUUGUAUGAGAGGUGUCUUGUGACAUGUGCUCAUUACGAUGAGUUCUGGCAGCGGUAUGCUAGGUGGAUGUCCGCUCAACCUGGGAAAGAAGAGGACGUGCGGAAUAUCUACCAGCGCGCAAGCUAUCUCUAUGUCCCCAUUGCCAACCCAGCGACUCGUCUCCAGUAUGCCUACUUUGAGGAGAUGUCUGGGCGAGUGAGCGUGGCCAAGGAGAUUCACGAAGCUAUCCUCAUCAACAUCCCCAAUCACGUCGAGACUAUCGUCUCUCUGGCCAACAUGUGCCGUCGUCACGGCGGCCUUGAAGCCGCCAUUGAAGUCUACAAGUCACAGUUGGAUUCUCCCGCUUGUGAACUAGGCACCAAGGCCGCGCUUGUGGCUGAGUGGGCCCGGUUGCUGUGGAAGAUCAAGGGCUCGACCGAGGAGGCUCGCCAGGUCUUCCAGAAGAACCAGCAAUACUACCUGGCCAGCCAGCCAUUCUGGCACAGCUACCUUACGUUUGAGCUGGACCAGCCUACAAGCGCCGCCACAGAGAAGGCCCAAUACGAGCGGAUAAAGCAGGUGGUUGAGGAUAUCCGUUCGAAGAGCGCUUUGUCUUCAGGCGUCGCGAGGGAGCUUGUCCAGAUCUACAUGGUAUACCUUCUCGAGCGUGGUACUAAGGAUGCUGCAAAGGAGUACAUGACCCUUGACAGGGAAGUCCACGGGCCCGCGUCCGUCUCCAAGGCGAAGACAGGAGGCACAGAACCCACGCCUGCGCCCGCUGCACCUGCUACAGUCACCCCGGCCCCGCCCGUUGCCCCUACACCCGAAGCCAACACCUACAACUACUAUCCUCAGCAGACUCCUGUUAACGGUGGCUUUCCGAGCGCUUAG